GAGGGUGAGCUCGAGCCCGAUCGGAGUUAAAGUUUAUCGAUUAUUCGAGUUUCCAUGGUAAUGAAGACCACUGGACCGAUCUUCAAAGCAAGAAAGAGCACAACAGGAUUUUUCCACUAAGAGAGCAAGAAGUCUCAUGCCCACCAUGCACUUGCACACGAGCUGUGACACUACGACGGAAAGUUCAGAUUUAUUCGGGUGAGCCGUGCCUGCAGAUCGAGGAGGGGGCUUCCUGUAGGCCCGGAUAUAUUUCGCUCGCGCAUGCCACGCAGCACACGUUUCUUUGUCUGUGAGAGAGGAAGAGACUGGAAGGUGCAGGUGUGCACAUUGCCAUUCUCAGUCACGGUGCCGAGACACGGGGAAUGGACUCCACACACGAGGAACCAGAGAGUCGCGCUGCCGAGACACUGGGGAUGGACUCCAUAGACGAGGAACCAGAGAGUUUUGACGUGAGCGAGACAGACGAGCAACCGAAGCUUCCGUCCGCUGUCCAGUACCUUAUACGGCUUCUGGAAGGCAAAGGCCAGCCUUUACGGAACCUUUACCAACGUCUUUUCAACCCAGAAAUCCGAGAGUUCUUUCCGGAUAGUGCAGCGCUGUCGACGAUCACAGGGUGGCGAAGCCAAGUGCGCCUUCGAGUGCUGGAGGCAAUCGGCAACUGCAACACCUUUGAGGAUCUCACCGUGCCAUUCAUUUAUUACGGAGCUAAAUAUGACGAAGCUAAAUAUGGGGAGAUAGUUCGAGAUUGGGGAGAUAUAUCGAGGUUGACGGCAAGCGAGUGGGAGAUAGUUUGCAGAGGAUUCAUGUCUAGCACCGUCCUAAAAGAGAUCAGCCUUUCCCAAUUGAGAUGGGGUUCAGAUGAGGAAGUGGAGAGCUUCUGUUUACAGCUGGGGGGAAUUCUGAAUUCCUCUAGCGUGACACACUUGACAAUAAGGGGUUGCGAAUUGAAUGCCAGAUGUUGGUUGAAUCUCGCCUCAGGACUGCGAGGACAUUCCGAUUCUAAACUCCAGACGUUAGAUUUAAAAGACGCGUGGGAGGACUCGAGUGCGGUGAAGCAUGUGGCUGAAAUGAUCAACAGUGCUCCACUAUUACAAACGUUGAUAUUACGCGAGAGUCCGAAAACGGAUGAUGAGGCCGUUGGAAUGCUGUCCCAGGCUUUAAUCCAGAGCUCGUCUUUGCAAAAAUUGUCGUUAUGGGAGGUGGAGUGGGGAGCGGCCUUGUUGCUGAAAGCUUUGGCCGGAGACGAUGGCAACCGAUCCAUUGAACGUCUUAUCCUGGAUGGAAUGGAUGGACUCGGAGACUGUUUGAGGCAAGUUCUUUCUUCCAACCCAUCAUUGAAGGAAGUGUGUUUGGACUCCUUGCGGAUGAGUCCUGAGGAAUGGCAGCAGCUCGGCGAAGUCAUACGUGACAAGGCUACAGCAACAACUAUUAACGUACGAUUUUUCUUAAGCCAAAACGUUGAACAUGAGUGGAAGUCAAUAGAAGCUGUUGCGUGUGCUGCUAGCUCCGAUGUCAAGGACCCCACAAUGGAGCUUGACAUCUACUCUAAGUGGCUGUGUAACGAUGAUGUGAUGUUUUCAAUGAACCUAUUAGGUAGGGUCCUGGGCGGAGAAAUCAAAUCUAUAAAAGAUUUCUCCAUAUCCGGGUUUGUUUCUUCAGGUAGCAACGAAGAUAGACUCGAAAGUAUCCUGUCGAUGAAUGGAAACACUGGAGAGACUUCAGUCCUGAAGAAACUGAGAUUGAAUGUUGUCCACAAAGAUGUUUGGAAAGUCCUGCUUCGGGGCUUGCGAGGGAACACAAGUCUCACUCACUUAUAUUUGUCUCCCUCCAAAAUGGAAGAAGAGGUGUUCAUGGACGCGAUGGGGAUCCUGCGAGAGAACACAACUCUCACUCACUUGGCUUUGACUGGCUCCGAACUCCACGAGGAGGCGUUCAGGGACGUGAUGGGGAUCCUGCGAGAGAACACAACUAUCACUCACUUGGCUUUGACUGGCUUAAAACUCCACGAGGUGGCGUUCAGGGACCUGAUGGGGCUCCUGCAAAUCAACUUGACUCUCCAGGAUAUAGAUGUCAACUACACCUCAUGGACAAUGGAUGGGAAGGAGGCGUUGAUUAAAGAGGCGCUCAAGCAGAACCAGAAGCGGGCCGGGUACAUGUCCGUCUUCUGCGAAGCCAAAUUAGCAUUUGGAGAUGCAAAAGCUGGUCGACUCUUCUUAUGCGGCUCUCCUCUAGCAGGCAAGACUCAAGUGCGUCAAACCCUGAUGAGGAUAGUUAAAGGGCAAAGUUGGAUUGGCAACAAAGUGAAGAAGUUGAGGAGAACGAAGGGAAUUGAAGUGGAAUACUUGCAAAACAAUGAUAGAAGUCAAAUCUCAAUAUGGGAUCUUGCAGGACAAGGCAUUUUCCGUACCCUUCAAAACGUGAUCUUCCCUCAAUCCAACAAUUUUUGUAUUUUCCUAUUUGUUUAUAGUCCCUUCCGUGAAGAAGAUUCUUCAUGGAAUGGGACUGUUUUUUCUGCAGAGAAAGAAGAGGAUUGUUUUGAGACUGAGUUGGAGGAAUGGUUAUGUUUUAUCACUUCCAGCACUAGGAUCACGGGACAUAGUCUUCCACAAGUUCUUGUUGUGAUUACACACAAGGAUAAAGUUCCAUACAGCUCUUUAAAGUGGGCUGAGAACAUAAUAGGCACACUAACCAAAAGAUUCGCAAAUUUUGUGGAUCUCCACCAAGAGGUUUUUCAUUUGGAUGCACGGAAGAAGAAGGAAGUUAUUCCUCUCCAAAAUCACAUUUUUGAGAAUUUCAAAAAUUUGUUGUGUGAAAAGUCCCCGCGGGUUCCCCAAUUGUGUUCACACCUCUACUGCCUCUUGGUUUCAAACACCAAGAAGAAUAGAAGUUGCCCUCUCUUGCCAUCCAAAGACUUCAAUGAAAUCUGUGCUCCUAGUUUGACAGAAUUUGUUCCAUCAUCUUCAACUCAUUCAGUUGGUCAUGAGAGGAUAAUGAGCGCAAUAAUAUCAUAUUUGAAUGACGUUGGAUCCAUCAUUUCUAUCCCCAACCUUGAUUACAUCAUUGUAGAUCCUAACUGGCUUACUUAUACAUUAUUGGGUAAGCUGGUAGCUCUAGGUCAAAACUUUCAACCUAUAAAGUCCAGGUCCUUUGAAAGAAGCGCAUACGCAAGCAAGGACGGAUUUGUCAGCGAGAUCGUCUUUGUUCGCUUGAUGGAGGAGUUUCUGCGAAAGCAACCACAUGGACAGGGAGGUGUGACCACUCAGGUGCUUGAAGACAUACUCAUUAAUUUAGAUUUGUGUUUCAAGGUGGAAGAUACUUCUCAGUAUUUCAUUCCUUCCUUCAUACCUGAGCAUGCAAACACGGAAGACCAGAAGCCUCAAGAAUUGGCUUGGGAAACAAGGGAUAAGAAUUCACAGUUUGUCGGCAUCCGAAUUCAAUGCCAAGAUGCAAGAACAAUGGCACUAACGGCUGCUUUUUUCCCAUGCUUUCAGAUGUUCAUGAGACGCAAGUUGAUAUCGGAGUUGAAUGUUUCCAAGAAGAAUGUGACCUGCUCUCGACACUAUCUGCAACUUUUCCUUGAUGGGCAUGAGAUCUACAUCGAGCAAGGAACGUCCCACAAAUACGUGGAUGUACUGAUGUUACGCUCGAAGCAUAAAUCAAGGUCGGAGGCUCUGCAAUACGUGAUGAAGCAUAUCGUAGAGGAGUUGAAAUCAUUCUGCGCAUCACCCAAAGGCUGUCCCGGGGUGGCGUUAGUGUUGGGUGUGAUCCAAACACUUUGCGUGGAGAAGCUGAUUCCGAGUCAUCUCAGAGGAGCAAUUCUGAUAGAGGAGCUCAAAUCAAACUUCAUUCGUAGCAUCAAUGAGAAACUUGAGGAAAUUCUGUCGAAUAGAUUGCACUUGGUGAAGGAUGAAGAUUUGCUCAACUAUGAGCAGUCUUGGCCCUCGAUUGAAGGGCACACACUGAAAAUAGGCGAAAGAGCUAGAUAUUUGCUGCGAGAGAGCGAUGUGAAAGCGGUUGUGAAUGAGAUCCGACAAAGGUGCGUUCAACAAUUGAGCAAUGAUUUGGAUCAACCUUACAGUGAAAGUGAUAACAGGGUUGGCAAUUCAAGUUCUUCAUACCGUUUUGAGAGGUUGAGAUCAAUAGAGAGCAAGUUGGGACACAUACUUACUUCCCAACAAGAACUACAGCCAACUAGAGUCAACAAGAACUACAGUUUAUUCAGGUCUGAAGUGGACAGGUUGAUUCAGUAUUUUCAUUCGCUUCAGCAGGCGAAAACUCCGAAGAUACCAUACGUUGCCAACGAUGUUGGCAUUUUCUAUAGCAUGAGUGCAAAAUUGCAUUUAGGUAAAACCGUUCGUUUACACUUGAUGUGUGAAUCUGUCGAUGGGUUUCACAUGGUCAAAGAUCAAGAAGGUGUGAUGAUACGCUUGGAUCGGGAGAAUUGUGCAUGGAUUCAGAAAACUGUUGAAAUUACAUGCAAAGUCAUGUAUUAUGCUGUGAAGGCUGGACUGGAUAAGACCCUCAAUCUGGGCCAAGCGAUUCCGAACUGGGAAGAUUUACAAUCCGAUAUUUUUAAACUAGAAGGCAUUAGCGAUCGUGAUCGUAGGGCAGUUAGAAAAGGUGGGAAAAGCAUGGAGCUCAACGAAGCAUGGCUGAGGAUUCAGCAAACUCUUGAGCCUCAGCUUCGAGAUAGCUAUUCAGCGAGAUUCAAGUUGUAUCAGGUGAAAUACGUGAGUCAAGAAUUAGAUGAGCAUGGAUUAUAUGAGCAUGCAUGGGUGUGCGAGGAGUGCAUGCAUAAAGGUCUUAAUAGCAGAGUUUUGAUAGUUUAGGAUUCGAAGGAGGUAGGAAUGUCAUUAUGCAAUUGACAAGGAUAUGUUUAGAGCCUCAUGCAAUAUGAAUGUCUGCAAAA